ACCCACAACAACAAGUAGGUGUGUUUGAGUUUACGAAGGUGCUAUCCGAUAUAAAAGAGAAUAUAAUCAAACAAUUACUUCAUUUUGUGCUUCACCUUGACGUUGAAGUGCCAAAUAUCGGUGCUGUUUCUAAAGAAAGAUCACAGAAAUGUGGCGCCUUGUGACAUUUGUUGCAUUGCUGGCAAUUACGGCUUAUGGAGUACCUGUAGACACGAUUACCGAAUCUUUAGUUCUUACAACUACUGAUGUCCCUGCAACACCUGUUAAAAUAUCAGAGGCCGAUAAUGUCAAAAAAGGCUCUGCAGAUAUUUAUGCUUUUAAUGUUUUAUCUAGAAUUGGAAGUAGAUAUGCUACUACUCUAGUAUCAUCUAAGUUGAAAAACAAUGCGGAUACUGCGAGAACUGCAGCAUUCAGUGUAGUUCUGCCUGAAACAGCAUUCAUCAGCGGCUUUUUAAUGGAAAUUGAAGGUAAGGUGUAUAAAGCGCAUGUAAAAGAAAAGGAAGAAGCGAAAAGAGUGUAUAAUGCAGCAGUUCAAGGAGGACUAGCGGCAGCACAUGUGGCUCUAAGUGCAAGAGAUUCGAAUAGAUUUACUGUAGACGUGUCAGUUCCAGCCACACAAAAAGCAACAUUUAAUUUAACAUACGAAGAACUUCUGUCCAGGAGGGUGGGCGUCUACAAUCACGUGCUCAACUUGAAUCCUGGGCAAAUUGUGAAAGAAAUGUCUGUAGAUGUGUUUAUUGAUGAAAACCGUCCGAUCACUACAUUACGUGUUCCUGAAUUGCGAUCUGGAAAUGAAGUUACUCCCGACGAAAGCGAUCCAAAUAAUUCUGUUGCCACAAUAAUGAGAGACGAAAAGGAUAAAACUAAGGCACAUAUAAGAUUUGCACCGACACCAGAUCAACAAGCCCGAUUAAUGAUGCAAUUAGUGGAGAAAGAAAAGAAAGAUGAUCAUCCUACAUUCAAUCCAUUCGUUGUUAAUACGGAAUCAUCAAAUGUAAAUUCGGGUCUUAAAGGGCAGUUUGUUGUUCAAUAUGAUGUUGAAAGAGAUCCCGCCGGUGGAGAAGUUCUAGUAUAUGAUGGCUAUUUCGUCCAUUUCUUUGCACCCGAUGAUCUGAAAUCAUUGCCAAAACAUGUGGUAUUUGUUUUGGACACUUCUGGAUCUAUGCACGGAAGAAAAAUAGAACAACUUAGAACUGCAAUGAGCGCCAUUCUAUCUGAUUUGAAACCAGAAGACUUCUUUCAUAUAAUCAACUUUAGUUUUGCUGCAAAGGUUUGGAAUCUUGAUGAUCCUAGCACUAGCCCAUCUUAUUCCAGUCCUAAUGUACAUUGGUGGGGUCCUAAAGAAGAAACUAAUGAUAAAGAAAAUCCACCGCCGGCAGCUUAUCCAGCGAACGAAAAUUAUUUGUCCAAAGCAAAGGAAGAAGUUUCGAAACUUGAAGCUAAUGGAGGUACCAACAUAUAUGAUUCUUUGGAGAUUGCAAUGAGGGUUGCUAAUAGAGGUGUCGAUUCAGAAAAAUUAACCAGCGGAGUACCUAAACCGGAACCUUUAAUUAUUUUCUUGACUGAUGGUGAUCCAACCGUUGGAGAAACUGAUCUUAACAAAAUUUAUACCAUGGUAGAUGAAAGCAAAAUCAGUGAUAAACCUCCUACUAUUUUUUCUCUGGCAUUUGGUGAUGAUGCAGAUAGAAACUUUUUGCGCAAAAUUUCUUUACGUAAUGGAGGAUUUCUGCGACAUAUUUAUGAAGCUGGUGACGCAUCUAGACAAUUGCAAAACUUUUACCGUGAAGUAUCCUCUCCUUUGUUAGCGGGUGUUAAAUUUACAUAUCCCUCGGAUCAGAUAGAUGAACAAUCACUGACGAGGCGGUCCUUCCCACAUUUAUUUAUGGGCUCUGAACUAGUGGUAGCCGGGCGCAUGCAAUCCGACGCUGUAGAAUUAGAACCAGAAGUGAAAGCUGUUGGAGCCUCCGGUUCGUGGUCAACUACGGGAAUUGUCAAGUCUCCGAUUGCACCAAUUCGAGUACAACACAACCCGCUCCAUUAG